CUCGCCAUGUAUUGUACUUCCGGUUUAUCCGGCUACCUGCACGUGGAAACCCACUAACUAUAUUACAACAUUUUUUUUUAUUUGAAGUAUUCACAUUUAAAAUGGCAACGCCUUCUUUAAAUGAAGCCCAGUUAAAGCUGGUAUCGGAUUUAGAAUUAGAAAUGAUGGCAGAUAUGUAUAACAGAAUGACCACUGCCUGUCAGAAAAAAUGUGUACCACCCAAGUAUAACGAAGCAGAUUUAUCUAAAGGUGAAUCAGUGUGUUUAGACAGAUGUGUAUCCAAGUACUUAGAAAUGCACGAUAAUAUAGGAAAGAAAUUAACAUCUAUGUCACAACAAGACGAGGCUACUGUGAAGAAAAUCCAGGAUCAAAUGCAGCCCCAAAAAUCUUAACAUAAACUGUUUAAAUAGUUGUGAUAUUACAAUUAAAGUAUUUAUACAAUGAAGAAAUGUACAAGAGACUAACAGGAAAAAGUGUAAUCAGUACAAGGAAUAGCAGGCCAUUGAUAAAAAGAUGAAUUGACUCACUAUCAUCAGCUGUUCUUGUGGUAUUUCAAAGGUGGCAUUUAGUUGACGGUACAUUCGAAUUCAUGAUCAGUUGUCAAUAAUUCAAAAAAUACACUAGACAAUCAAUAUUAAAUUUAUUAUGUUAUUAUUAAUUCUUAAAUUUUAUAACUACAUUCAGGAAGUUUUUCUAGUAAAAAUUUCAUUUUACUGCUUGAAAUUUUCACUGGUUUUCUCUGACCUUGAAAAACUAAAUUGUAAACAUGUCUAUUGGGCAUGAUGGGAAAUUGCAUAAUACUUUUCUUUUCAAACUCAAAUUCAACUUCUUCUUGAUGUUUUUUUUUGUUUUCUUCUGAAUUAAAAGUAUAAAUAUAUCUCCAACCUGAUUUCUCUAGCUUUCAAAUCACUGUUGUAGAUCAUGUUUGAUUAUUUUAAAAUUAAAUGAGUAUUGAUCAUGUUGAUCAACAAAAUGAUUGGUGUAAUUUAUUUCUAAAUUUGAGCAGUUCUGUACUAUGACUCUAACAGUUUCCAAUGGCCGCUGUCGUUUGAUUACAUGCAUAUUGUUGUGAUUAAAAUAAGUUUUAAUAUAUAUCAAGAUGUGUUGUAACUUGAUGAGUAAAUAUUUUUUUAAGUUUAUAUUCAUUUGGUUCUUUUUGUAUGAGAACACAAUGUUAAAGUUAACCAACUCAUGCAGUGUUUGUUUUCAUUAAUGUCAUGUGUCCAAUAAAUUUGUGUUUACAUGUA